UUUCGCUCAGUUUUAUUUCGUUUUCUCGUCGCAACACAAGUGCUGGUGAAAUCGGUGUGGCAAAAGUCUAUUUCAAUUGGAUACAACUGUCGCAUGGCCCCGUGUUUCAAGUUGGAGGCGUUUGGCGAAAUUGAAACACGCUACAAAAGCAUUUAAACAAAGAAUUUCAGGGGAAAAUAUAUUUUCCUCAGAGACGUAGCAUAGCGAGUGCGGACAACGUGAAAAGAAAAAAGCGAAAUGUGAGUUUGAGGGCGAGAUCAGUUGCUGUUUCUCUCUUUCUCACCGAUGCGGACUUGAGCUCCUCGCUUUCAAUUGUCAAUACAGUUACUGUUUGUUAUUAUUUGUUUUUCAUUCUGCCAUUUGUUUUGCACGCUCUCAGAGGCCGCGCGACGACUUUCUCGAAUUACAAGUGUACAUUUUAACCGUGUGUAAGGCAAGCCGCAUUACAAAUGGCAGUGUGUGUGAAUUGAGAGUUUACACCGCACCCGUGGGAGAUUUUAUCAAAUGCACUUCUUACCUUGACAGCAGCAUGUUGCGUGUGGAGCUCUAAGUUCGAAAAUAGAAGGCACAGCGUGAAGCUCCAAAAAUGGAUGCUCAGUUUGAGCACUUGUGCCGCAUUUGCGCGGCCAACACGAAGAGCAAAACGAACUCGGUGGUCGAAAGUGUGUUCAUUUUCAAGACACAAGGCCUAAAGGAUAAAAUAUCGCGACAUCUUUAUCUAAAUGUGGCCGUUGAUGAUCCUUUGCCCAAAGUGCUGUGCAAGUCCUGUUACCGACAGGUGGAGGCCACAGCAUCGCUCUCGAAUAUAGCCAAACAUACUCAGCUUGUGUUCCAGGACUUUCUACUAAGCACACUGCCGAAGAAUGCGCGAGAAGCAGCCGCCGCACGUCUCAGCGUACUACCCAGCUCCCAGAUCCCUGUGACAAACGAGGAAACUCAUGAAUUCCGUCCCAUUGUGCUGAGUCGUGCACCAGAGACCACCAUCGCAGUGUCCAGGCCCCAGGCGGGCGGUCGCCAUCGGGAGGAUUUCGUGGUGACCAGUAAAGCCAAGGAAGCACGGAUCAAGCCUCACCAGGAAACUGCCUUGGCCGGAGCGGCCUCAUCUUCUGCCAUUGGCAAUGUUGCCGGAGCGGUAAAGAACUAUAUAGUACCGACUCGUCGUAAUAGCGUUUUUGUUGAUAGUCGCUACGGAUCGACUCCCAUGUCGAUCGCCCAGCGCUCUAUGCAGAAUCUGCCUUCUUUGGUGCCUCUGAACUUGGAGCCAUCCGUUUCCAAUGUCGCAAAUAAGAGUCUAGAGACUAAAAUAUCGCCGGCAGGAGUAAUUAACUUUAUUCAGACGCAUGGACGCAUCACAGGCAAUGUGCCUGGGGUCGACAAAGAUCUUGCGCCAGACAGCUGCCAUACGGACACUAGAAAGACGUCCAUAGCUCCCGUUGCUUUAACUUGUAACGCCAGCAACACAGGAAUGCCUAAUCUGCCCAGUAACGUGUUUCUUCAAAGGACCAGAAAUCUGAAAAAUGCACUCAAAAACAUUAAAGCUAAGCGUAGCGGCCAAGUGUCAUUGCUUAAGUUGGCGCAGAAUCGAAACCCAGCCGAAGAUGUGAGGCCACUUGUUACAACUACGCUUGUACCCCAAUAUGGAGGCGAACCUUCGGUGGAGGAAGCACUACCGGAGCACAUGAUAUUUGCGGCGCCAAAGAAGAAAAGAGAGGAUGAUGAACUUGUUGUUGAGGCGACCCCGCCAAAGCUAAAGAAAAUUGUGCCAAGAAAUCCCAAAAAAAUGUCUGCAACACUCGACUUAACAUCAUCGGUUGAUUCGCAAACAUCAGCUCCGUCAAAAUCGAUACCCAAUGUAAAAAGCCUUACUGAUGCAAUAUCCCUGGGAAGCGUUAUAAGGGAUCCAGACUUGUUGAUGCUUAUUCUUAAGGCUCUAAAGUGGCCAGUGACAGCAGUAAAUUGCGAUGAGCAAAUGACACGUUUAAAGAGCUCCAAAUUUUCUCUUAUUAUGUCAGACAAUAAUCUCCUACAAGACACAGAUCUCACACAACUUUUAGGACCAUAUUUGGCUCCUAUGCUGUCAGUUGUUCAGCAACAAGAUAAGCAGUCAUUAUCUUCCACUAUCGCGUCCACAUCUACCACGAAUAUUUCGCAGGCGACAAAGGAUAUAUUAAACAUCGCUGACUUAUCCAGUGCAAUGCCUUACAAACUGCCGCCGGAGACGUCGGUUCAAUUAGUGCCUUCCAGUCCAACGGAGCAAGAACCCCCGCCAUUACGGCACUCAAAGGUAAAACGUCCCCAACGCAAGAUGCGUUUCUGUGAUCUACCGGCUGCUGAUAAAUCGUGCUCCACAACGGCUUUUUCAACUACAAAUGCAGCUCAUGUUAGUAAUGAACUAUCCAAUAUCGACGCCGUGCUCAUUUCACAAUUCGGAACCAGUCCAGCCGACGCGCUGAAUGAGGCCCUUAUUUCACUACUGAAAAAGCAGCAACAAGAAUUAAAAGAACAACGAAAUACUCGUCGACGCCGAAGUUGUUCUGGCAGCGUAGUUAAUUUGGAAGAUAUUGUGCUGGUUGAGCCACAGCCGUCACUGGAAGCGGAACCACUCGCUGUGGAAUACGUAGAAGACCACAUUUCUCCGCAAGCCCAGCCAUCAAUAGCUGCAGUAGCUCGGCCAAUUGUUAAGAGGCGGAAGACUGUCAUUCAGUCGUCAAAGUUAUCUGAAUGCGCAGUGUCUAAUAAGAGAGAACCACCGGCCCUGGAGGAUCCGACAGAUAAAUGUCCCUGUACAGAACCAAACCUUUUACGCCAAUUGACAGAAAUUGUAACUGAAAAAGGAUCCUCAAGUAAGGUAUCUGCAAUCGAAUCGUCCCAGGCACCCACAAGUACCGUUCCGGAAGCCACAAACGAUCCCAACGUGUCAGACAAUGCCGAAAAUUCUGAAGUAACUGAGCCCGCCCAAGAGAAUGAAGCCGGCGAGAAUAUUGAUGAUGGCAAAGCAGGCUCCGCAACAAUUCGCAAGUCGGAAGUAAAGGCGGCGCUCGGCCAAAAGCUUUUGGAGGCGAUUGGUCUCCCUCAGCUGGGAAAGGACGUGGCGCCUGAGAGUUCACGCGACACCCUCAGGAGCGCCUUAAAACGCUCAAUAAAGCAGGCCCAGGAGCAACAGCAGCAGCUGAAGCGGGGCAAGCAGGAAGAACCUGUAAAGCAAAUGGCCGAUUCGACGACAAAACUGAGCGCGGCGGAAUCAGCAGAUGAGCACAAGAAGGCCAUUGCAGAACGAGAACUUGCUCUCAUAAGCCGUGGCUUAAAAGCUGGUGAAGAAAACAAGAUUUCCGUUAAAGAUGAUAAGUCGGAUCGUACCGAUGUUAGUUCUUCAUCGUCACGAAACCGCCGAAGCCGUAAAUCCAAGGCUGACGCCGCAGUCGAAGAUUCUGGCGCUGAAGAAAAGAAAAGCGAACGGUGGGAAGAAGAUGAUGACCUACCAUUAAAGACCGAUGCCGAAAAAGCUUUGGAACGAAGCAGCAGCAGCAACAGCAAUCGCCCAACCCGCACCAGCAAGACAUUAUCAAAGUAUUAUAAGGGACCUUCUCCUAAAUCGCAGCAUGCCAUGGGUACGCGCUCGACACGGCAGCGGUGAGAUAUUCUUCGCAGGAAUGAAAUUAGAUUUUAUCCUACAUAUGAAAUAUAUGGAUUUAUUUUUGAAAAAAUCAUACUACCUAAGUGCCGUCACAUACACGCGAACGUUAAAUUUGCAGUUAUAUUAACAUUAAUAUAAGCAAUGUCUGCAGUUCUCAAAUCAUAUUGAGUUGUAAGGUGCAUCUUUUUGAAAAUGGAACAUGUUUUGGUAUACUCUUAAUUUGCUUUAGUAUAUAUAUCGAAGCAUUAAUCAGCACUCAAGAACUACUUGAACUUUGUUGUAUAUAUGUAUAACAUGUAUGUACCUUCUAGACUCUGUUAACUUAAAAGCCAGAAUAUGCUUUUAGGAAGCAAAACAGAACAUCUUUGAUUGAUUAGGUUUUAGAUUUACAAACAGUUUAAUAAUUUAGCUGUUAAGUUAUAAUUUUAUUUAUAGUUUUGUUUUCAAACAGUUCGCAAUAAAUACAACUACGGUUUAUAUAUAUAAAGUA